AUGGCCCGGUUCCGGCGUAAGGCUUGCGCGGCCCUGCUUGCUGUUUUCCUGCUCAUACUCAUCUUAACCGUCGCGCUCAAGUCGUUAACACCGGAGGAAUCUGAGUUCACUCAUGGAAACGCACCCUCGCUGGAACUGAAGGGAGACACAAAGCGGCCCGACGUCCGAUCCGAGCGGCUCGGGAUGAGCCGAGCUCCCCGACCGGACGAGGGUGAAAAAUUAACAGUCACCCUUAGCAAGUUCCCCCCGCCGAACUACUACCUUCAUGCCUUCUACUACAUCUGGUAUGGGAACCCCAGCUUUGAUAGCAAGUACCUCCACUGGGACCACCCGCGGCUGCCCCACUGGGAUCCCAAGGUAGCUCAGAGGUACCCGCAAGACAGGCACAUUCCUCCUGAUGACAUCGGGGCAAACUUCUACCCGGCACUGGGUGCUUACAGCUCAAGGGACCCGGCCGUCAUGGAAGCGCACAUGCAGCAGUUGCGAACAGCUGCCAUCGGUGUCAUUGCCGUUUCCUGGUACCCUCCUGGAACCAACGAUGACAAUGGCGGACCGGUAGACGACAUCUUGCCUAUGUUGCUUGACAUUGCACAGCGCUACUACAUUAAGGUGGCUUUUCACAUCGAACCAUACAAAGGAAGAGACGAAGUCAACAUGUACACCAACAUUAAAUACAUCAUCGACAAGUACGGCGAGCACCCCGCUUUCUUCCGAUACCGCACUGCCACGGGAAAGCUCCUCCCACUCUUUUACGUGUACGACUCGUACCUGCUGAACACGGAGCAGUGGGGCCGGCUUCUGCGGCACACUGAGAGCGGCAGCAUCCGAGACACGCCAUACGACGGCGUCUUCCUGGCCCUGUUGGUGGAGGAGAAACAUCAGCGCGAGGUGAUGACGGCCGGUUUCGACGGCAUCUACACCUACUUCGCUACCAACGGCUUCACUUAUGGUGCCACGCAGCGCAACUGGGACGCCAUCCGGGCCUUCUGCGACGACAACGGCCUCUUGUUCGUUCCCAGCGUGGGGCCUGGCUACGUGGACACUGGCGUACGGCCGUGGAACUUCCAAAACACCCGCAACCGCAUAAACGGCAAGUACUACGAGACCUCUCUGAGUGCCGCGCUGCAAGCCAAGCCUGACUUGAUCUCUGUCACAUCCUUCAACGAGUGGCACGAGGGCACGCAGAUUGAGAUGGCUGUGCCCAAACACGGCCCGACACUCUAUCUGGACUAUUUGCCCAACAAGCCUGCCAUCUACUUGGAGAUAACGCGGAAAUGGGCCGCCAUAUUCGGUGGUGAGCGCAGGAGACAGCGGGAGUGA